AUGUGUCACAGCGAAUUUCGCGUCUGGGCUCAAGGCAGGCUCCGGCCAACUGAGAUAUGGACACUCUUGGAUCGCCGGCCCGACCCUGACAAGGACUUGGACACGGCAGAAUUCCUCGCAGCAACAAAGUCUAUGCUUGCCAGGGUCCAUGUAAAAAAAGGCAAAGAGGUUCCGAGUAUGAUGGAGAUUUUCUACCUGGAACUAGCUUCGCUCGCAGCCACAUUGGCAAAAGGACUUGGAUAUCUCACAUCGCCCAAGCCGCCCGGCCAGGAGGACCAUCCUGAUGUGGUUGCCAAGGAAAAACUCGCUCGUUUACAAAUCGAGCGCUUCGAGCGUCACAUGAACUAUGAUAUGCUCCGAGACUGCAUUGAUUGCGUCCCCGACUCUCUACGGGUGGAAAUCAAGGCAUACAUUGACUCUGCUCGCAAUGAGGAGCGCCGCGACUCUGCCACACAGCUCACCUCCCCGUUCUACCGUGAGAGUAGACGCGCAAAGCGCCGCCGCAUCGAGUCGCGGUCCAAUGCUCCAUCUUCGAAUGCUUUGAAACUCUGCGACGAGAACCGACGACUGAAGGUCCUAUUGGCGACGCAUGGGAUUGAUUUCGACCCGUCGAACAACAACAACAACAUCAACCGCAGCAACAACAUGAACAGCAGCAACAACGGCAAGAGCAGCUCGGUGCAACCGGUGCUGCUCCCCCAUCCUCUAUCUCUGGGUCUGCAGCAGCCUCUGCCUCUGCAGCAGCCUCUGCCUCUGCAGCAGCCUCAGUAUGGGCUUGACUGCCCAGGACCAGAUAGCUUCGCCCUUUACCGGCCCACCGAGAUAGCUUCGCCCUUCGCCGGCCCCCAGAUGGGGACCAGCGCAAGCGAGGCUGCCUUACGCCAGCUCGAGGCAUAUUUCCCCAUGCCCCAGAGCCAGAACGCAGGCGAUGCAUCUCCCUAUGGAAACAACAUGGAUGGUCUCGAUCGCACUCGUUUCCUGCAGUCGCCCGAGACAGAGGCCAGAUUCGACGCGUUUAACCAGUACCAGAUGGACGGGCCGGGAGGCCCUUGGGACUCGUGGCCGUGCCUCUUUGAGCAGGAUGACGAGCCAUCCAUGCCGCCCAUGCCGCCCUCCUCUGCUGACUUACUCGACGCCUUCACCUUCCCUCAACACGGCACCUUCCCUCAACACGGCACAUUCCCUCAACACGGCAACUUCAACCAACUCGGCACCUUUAACCAAAACGGCUCCUUCAAUCAAAACGGCACCUUCAACCCUGUUCAAGGGCAAUUCGACCCAAAUUUCAUCAACAUGUGCCCGGUCAAUUGCUCCAACUGUGCCCAGCGAAACAGGGGCUAA